AUGGCGCUCACACCUAGGCUCGUGGUUCAGUUACUCUGCACUAAAUAUCUGUUGACCACAAAAGCACCUGAACUGCAGUUGCAAGCAGCACAUGAUGCCAAGUGUGUGCCCUUGGACUCGUGUGCAAAGCACACCGUCGGCUCCCACCUGGAAGGCGAGUGUGCAGGGGGCUCCCCACAAAAGGAGGCUCUGAGCCCCUCCGGCCAGUGUGCUGAGCUCGGGACACCAUGCAGGAAAGGGCCCAAGAAUCCUAAAGAUGGGUCCCUGUGGGUCCCUGAUCUCGUUACUGGCCAGCUGGAAAGAAGUAGAGAUUACAGACAUCCUGCCAAAAUUAUUUCUUCAGAAUCCAGACUGGUCCAACCCUAUGGCCUCAAGACUCUGCUUGAGGGAGUUAGCAGAGCUAUUCUCAAAACCAAUCCAUCAAACAUCACCCAGUUUGCAGCAGUUUAUUUUAAAGAGCUUACAGUGUUUAGAGAAGGGAAUACUUCUCUGGAUAUAAAAGAUCCGGUUAAACAAUCCCAUCAGGUGAAAGUAGAGAAAUGGUCAGAAGGAGCGACAAUGGAGAAGAAAGUGGAAAGCAUAAAAGAAUCCGAAGGGACGUCUGUGGUCUUCCAAGAACUUACACAGAUGGAAAAAUGCACAGAAACAGAGGAGAACAGUGUUGCUGGACUGCAAUUCAUUAACAAAACCACCCAGUUUCCGUUAGACUGUGCCAAGUACCUGCAGCCUGAAGAGACACCUGAAGCAGUUCCUGGUCCUCCUUCCAAACCAGCCACCCCCAAGGCUACCACCCCACCCCAAUUGCCAUGUCCAGCACCUGUCUCAGCAGAGUUCACUUAUGUCCCCGCCGACCCAGCUCAGUUUGCCGCUCACAUGCUAGCAAGCGAAGCAGAACAACCACCACCAUAUUCUAACAACAUGUGGACUCUUUAUUGUCUAACUGAUAAGAAUCAACAAAGCCGCCCAUCACCGCCACCUGAACCUGGGCCUUUCCCCCAAGCAACCCUCUAUUUAUCUAAUUCUAAGGAUCCACAGUUUCUGCAGAAUUCACCAAAAAUUACUUCUACUUACGUGAUGAUGGAGGACAGCAAGAAGACUAGUCCCCCACCUUUUAUUUUAGUGGGCUCAAAUGUUCAGGAAACACAGGAUUUGAAACCUCUUCCUGGACAUACUGUUGUCUCACAGUCACAUGGUAUAAAGAUAGCUACCAUACAAGUACCCAUUGCUGUGGCUACAGACCAGAAACUCCAGAAAUACACCCAGAGUCCCCAGAAUGCUAGUCCUCCUACAAGUGGACACGAUGGCCCCAGGCCACAAAGCCCAGUUUUUCUUUCUGUUGCUUUCCCAGUAGAAGAUGUAGCUAAAAAAGGUUCAGGAUCUGGGGACAAACAUAUUCCUUUUGGAAGUUACGGUAUUGCUGGAGAGAUUACCGUGACCAGUGCCCAUGUUCACAGAGCAGAAACUUAA